UUCAAUUUCGCAUGGCGGACGUGCAAGUGAACUCUGUUAUUUGUUGGUGAUAAUUUUAAUUAUUAUCUUUUCGAGAUUCCUUAUGGAAAGGCAAAUUUUCAUUAUACUUUUUCUUUGCGGACGUGCUUUAUUCAUUCCUUAACAUUAGAUGAUGUUAAAGUGUUAAUUAUAGUUUAAUUCGUGAGAACUGCAUAGGUUUUGCUUAAAAAUGGGAAAAUGUGACGAAGCUAAUGUCGAAGUUAAUAUGGGGGACUCGGCGUCCCCCAUGAAACCUGAUAAUUUUACAUUCACCGUGCCACCGGAGGCUCCCGUCUUCGAACCAACCCCCGAAGAGUUCCUCGAUCCUUUGGCUUACAUCAGCAAAAUACGACCCAUCGCUGAGAAGUCAGGGAUAUGCAAGAUCAAGCCCCCCGCGCACUGGCAGCCGCCGUUCGCUGUGGACGUGGACCGAUUACGGUUCACUCCGCGGAUACAACGCUUGAACGAACUAGAGGCUAUAACCCGGGUGAAGUUGAACUUCCUGGACCAGAUAAUGAAGUUCUGGGAGCUUCAGGGCUCCGUGUUGAAGAUACCCACAGUGGAAAGGAAACCACUGGAUUUAUAUGCUUUACACAAAAUUGUCAAAGAAGCUGGUGGCUUUGAAGUAUGUUCAGCGGAGCGCAAAUGGUCGAAGAUAGCUCGUCGCAUGGGGCACCCGCAGGGAAAGGGCAUAGGCUCCAUACUCAAGAACCACUACGAGCGCAUCCUCUACCCCUACGAUGUGUUCAAGAACAGCGGAGCGGUCGGUGCUGCUGGAGACAGUAAGGAGACGAAGGUGGAAGUGAAAUGCGAACAGACGCCCGAGAAGGCGGGGCGCAGGUCCAGCAAGCCGCCGGCGCAGACCCCGCCGCCCGCGCGCCGCUACAAGAGCUCGGAGCCCGAGCCCGCGGAGGGCAGCCACACCGAGGGCGCUCUGCCCUCCGCGGACAGCGCUCCGCCGGACAAGAAGACCCCUAUCAAGGAGGAGCCCGGAGAGACUAGGCGAAGUCCCCGCGAGAACAAGUGGAUGUCGCAGGCGGGCAGCUGCGGCGCGCGCGCGCGCGUGCUGCGCUCCACGCGGCUGCGCGAGCACCGGCUCAGCAACAUGACGGUGUCGGUGACGCCGGCGCCGCCCGCGCUCGCGCCGCCGCGCCCCGACGACCCGCUGGCCAAGUACAUGUGCCACGUGUGCGGCCGCGGCGACAUCGAGGAGCAGAUGCUGCUGUGCGACGGCUGCGACGACUCCUACCACACCUUCUGCCUCGUGCCGCCGCUCGCCGACGUGCCCAAGGGCGACUGGCGCUGCCCCGUGUGCCUCGCCGAGGAGGUGUCCAAGCCCGCCGAGGCGUUCGGCUUCGAGCAAGCCAGCCGCGAGUACACGCUGCAGCAGUUCGGUGAAAUGGCCGACCAGUUCAAGUCGGACUACUUCAAUAUGCCGGUAAACAUGGUGCCAACAUCGACGGUGGAGCGUGAGUUUUGGCGCGUCGUGUCCUCCAUUGAUGAAGAUGUGACGGUGGAGUACGGGGCUGAUCUGCAUUCUAUGGACCAUGGAUCAGGGUUUCCGACGAAGUCGAGCGCCCACCUGUAUCCCGGGGAAUACCAAUAUGCGGACUCCAACUGGAACCUUAACAAUCUGCCCGUUCUGGAGGGCUCUGUGCUGGGACACAUCAAUGCAGAUAUAUCAGGAAUGAAGAUCCCAUGGCUGUACGUGGGCAUGUGCUUCGCCACAUUCUGCUGGCACAACGAGGACCACUGGAGCUACUCCAUCAACUACUUGCACUGGGGCGAGCCCAAGACUUGGUAUGGAGUACCCAGCUCAAAGGCUGAGCAAUUCGAAGCGGCUAUGAAGGUGGAGGCGCCAGAACUGUUCCAAUUGCAACCGGACCUAUUACACCAACUAGUCACCAUCAUGAACCCUAAUGUGCUGAUGAAAGCUGGGGUGCCUGUUUAUAGAACGGACCAGCACGCCGGGGAGUUCGUGAUAACAUUCCCCCGCGCGUACCACGCGGGCUUCAACCAAGGCUACAACUUUGCUGAAGCCGUCAACUUCACGCCGGCCGACUGGCUGAAAAUGGGUCGCGAGUGCAUCGCGCACUACUCCACGCUGCGGCGCUACUGCGUGUUCUCGCACGACGAGCUGGUGUGCAAGAUGGCGCUGGAGGCGGACUCGCUGAGCCUCACCGUGGCGCUGGCCGCCUACCGCGACAUGCGCACCAUGCUACAUGACGAGCGGAAGCUGAGGAAGUCGCUGCUCGAUUGGGGUGUAACAGAGGCGGAGAGGGAAGCCUUCGAGCUGCUGCCGGACGACGAGCGCCAGUGCCACGAGUGCAAGACCACGUGCUUCCUGUCGUGCGUGACGUGCGCCUGCACCGCGCAGGUCGCGUGUCUGCGCCACUACGAGCAGCUGUGCGACUGUGCGCCCGCGCAGCACAAGCUAAGAUACCGAUACACGCUGGACGAGCUGCCGGCCAUGCUGGAGAAGCUCAAGCGCAAGUCGGAGCUGUUCCGCGAGUGGGCGGAGGCCGUGCAGAACGCGCUCGACCCUGACACGCCCAAGACCUGCGACCUGGACGGGCUGCGCGCGCACCUCAAGCGGGCCCACGACCUCAAGAUGCACAAGACGGAGCUGGUGCGCGCGCUGGAGACGGCCAUCGAGGACGCGGAGAAGUGCGCCAGCGUGAUCCAGCAGCUGGACCUGAACAAGAUGCGCACGCGCACGCGCCACCACGACCCCAAGUACCGGCUCAGCGUGCACGAGCUCACGCUGUUCGCGGCCGAGAUCGACGGCCUUGCGUGCGUGCUGCCUGAAGGUUCGGCAGUGAAGGAAGUGUUGCGGCAGACGGCAGAGUUCGAGGACCGAGCUACGGACUUGUUGAACAAAGAUUUGGAGGACUGUGAUGCUGCGUCGGUCAGAGAACUUGAAGAGGUGGCGGAGCUCGGGUCGCGGCUGUGCAUCGUGCUGCCGCAGCUGUCGGCGCUGCAGGCGCGGCUGCAGCAGGAGCGGUUCGUGGUGUCGGUGCUCGCGCACAGGGAGGACUGCAGCACGCUCACGCCCGACGUCAUCGAGCGCCUGCUGGCCGACAGCGAGGCCGUCGUGCCGCACCGCCGUGUCGAGGCCGAGAGGGCCUCGCUCUACAAGCUCAAGCUCCAAGUGGAAGAUUGGGAGCGUCGCGCGCGUGCAAUACUCAUCGACACGUCCACUCCCAAGGGGAGGAGGGACUCGGUGGACAGUCUGACGGAGGAGCACACGACGCUGGCGGAGCUGGACGCGUUGCUGGCGGAGGGGGAUGACAUAGACGCCGCGCUGCCCUCGCACCACGCGCUGCACACCGCCACUGCUCACGCCAAGGACUGGCUCGCUAAGGUGGAAGAAAUGCAAUCAAAGGAACUGUACCCGUAUAUGCACAGCGUGGAGGCCCUCUCCCGGCGCGGCGCCAGCAUCCCGCUCCCCCUGCUGGAGAAGCAACAGUUGUCGACAGCAUUACAGUCAGCUAAGGACUGGCAGAAGGGCGCCGCGGAUAUGUUCCUUAAGAAGAACUGGUCGUACUCGCUGCUCGAGGCCCUGUCCCCGCGGACGGAGUCCUGCGGCGGUCCGCGCAGGCGAGGCCGCGCCGAGGCCCCGUCGCUGGAGGGAGGCCUCCUCAAGCACUUCAGCGAGGACGCCACGCCCACGGAGAUCGUCGCCGCGUUUAAACAGGCCGAGCAGAGGGAGCUCGCCGCUAUAAAGGAGUUGAGGACUCGCAAUCUACGGAAGGAGGUGCGCGCGCCGCCCGCCGCCGGCGUGUCGUUCUGCGUGUGCCAGAAGCGACAGUACGGGGUCAUGACACAGUGCGAGCUCUGCAAGGAUUGGUUCCAUGCGUCGUGCGUGGCAUCAGCUCGCGAAGAAAUGGAGGACAGGUCGGAGUCGCCGGAGCGGAUAGAGCUGCCGUUCCCGUGCACGGAGAGCAAGUUCCUGUGCCCGGAGUGCACGCGCACCAAGCGGCCGCGUCUGCACCGCAUACUGGCGCUGUUGGUGUGGCUCCAAAAGCUACCGGUGCGUCUGGCGGAGGGCGAAGCCCUGCAGUGCGUGACGGAGCGCGCGAUGGCGUGGCAGGACGCCGCGCGCGCCAUCCUCGGCAGCCCGCAGCUGGCCACGCUGCCCGCGCACCGCCCGCCGCAGAACGACCGGAAGGACUCUCAUGGACGGUCAUCAGCGAACGUCGAGCACGCGUACAGUGCGACGCCGCGCUCGCCGAGCACGCGCGUCGCGCCCGGCCUGUUGCAGAAACUCGAGGAUCUUAUGCUAGAAGGAGAUUUACUAGAGGCGAGUCUUGCUACUUUUUACUGAUUACAUGGAAAAUAC